CUUCAUUCUUAGUGCUCAGGCUGGUCACAACUUUUCUUAGUUCUUCAGCUUGUUCACUUGUCAUAUUGACAGUGAUCGUGGCUAGUCCUAGGACAUAGUAUUUCCAGACGCACUUCACAUAUAAUUUAGAUUUCCGUAUUAUAUAUGUUUCUCUGGCAUUUUCGGCCGGUAAAAUGGAUUCAAGACAUACGGUGAAGGGAAAGAAGAAGUUGGUUCUUUCAGCCAGGAGAAUGAAAAGGCGGCUACCACCAGAAUUUCAUGCUAACAGACGUAGAAGGAUUGAAGAACAAACCUUAUCGCUCGAAGCGCCUUCAUCUUCCCAGGCUGACAGUGUUUCAGCAGAUGCCAUUUCUGUAUCCACUGAGAACUUUCAACCCAGUGCAACGUCAACUCCUAAAGGAAAGAAGAGAAGACCACACAACAGAAAAGUACCAGUGCAUUUGAUGAAAUGGAGAUUACAGCAAAAGAAAUCUAAAGAAGAAGAAAAAUCUGGGCCAUCAACAUCUUCUUCCACCUUAGAGUCAAAUCUAAAAAAAAGCGUCCUUGAUGGCACCUCUGAUUUUGCUACAAUUGUGCCACCAUUCCCCUCAAUUGGUCUACAACCAGCUUUGAACCAUGAGAUUGAUACCACCUCAACGCGAAAUAGUGGAGUUUCUUACGUGGAGAGUAACGUCUGUGAUACUUUACUAACAAGAUAUGAUGAGUAUCCAGAUCUAAUAGUUGAGCCGGAUGGAAGACCACCCAAAGACGAUUUUAAUAUUAUUUCUGGCCGAUUUAUUGUGGACGGCAAACAUCUUGUGCAAGAAUUGAGAUCUUUGGACUACCAUAGAUACGAGUGUGAAAAAAGUGAUAAUGGUUAUAUGACACUGGUGUCUUCAACUUCAAAAUCAUCAGAAUGGACAAUGAAGUUCGUUGUAUGGACAGCUCCACGAACCAGCUGCCAUAAUUGCAUUUCACGAAAUGGAAGAAAUUCAAGUUCAGCCUUGCGGUUUGUUGUUGACAAAGAACAUGACUUCUUGGCGGCUUCACCUGACGGACUGGUCGGAGGUGAUAAUCUGAUUGAGGUGAAAUGUUGGAAGUCUGCUGAAAACCUCACUAUCAGCGAAGCCGUGAUCAAAGUGAAAUCAUUCUGCUUGGAAAAACUACGUUGUGGAAACGUCCGUCUCAAGAAAAACCACAAUUAUUAUUACCAGGUGCAAGGGCAACUACAUGUAGCUGAGAAAAAAUCUGUUAUUUUGUAGUAUGGACA